AUGACCAAAUUUGUCAAGCUUUCCAAGGACAUUGUUGGUUUCGGUACCAUGAGAACCACUUGGACUCCUCAUCCAGUGACCGAGGCUGAAGCAGUGAAGAUCUUUUAUACUGCUUACAAGUCUGGUUGUCGCUUGUUUAAUGGUGGCGAAUUCUAUGGUGCUGAUCAUUUGAAUUUGAAAUACUUGCAAGCUUUCAUUGACAAAUACCCGGAAAUCAAGGAUGAGAUCGUGAUUUCCAUCAAGGGGGGAAUCAACAUGCAGACAUUCGCUCCAGAUGGUUCAGAAGCAGGGAUAAAGACCAGUAUUGAGAAUUGUUUAAAAUAUUUGAACAAGAUUGAUGUCUUUGAGUGUGCCAGAGUUGACAAAUCGGUGCCAAUUGAAGAUACUUUGAAAUAUAUUAAUCAGUACAUUGAAGACGGCAAAAUUGGCGGAGUUUCUCUCAGUGAAGCUGGUGCCGAAACAAUUAGAAAAGCGGCAAAGGCGGCAAAAAUUUCUUUUGUUGAAGUGGAAUACUCUUUGUGGAGUAGAGAAAUCUUGGAUAACGGAGUUGCCGAAGCCUGUGCCGAGUUGAAUAUCCCAAUUGUUGCCUAUUCGCCAUUGGGUUGCGGAUUUUUGGCAGGUUCGAUCACAUCAGCAGCCGAUCUUCCUGAAGGUGAUAUGAGAAAACAUUUCGAUAGAUUUACAGUUGAAGAAAAUGUCACUCAAAACAAUAUUAUGUUGGAUAAAUUGAAAAGCAUCGCCACGGAACAUGGAUUGAGUUUGCCACAAUUGUCAUUGGCGUGGAUCAAGUUCCACAACAACCCAAGUCUCGAAGAUCACGACAAAUUUCCACAAUUUAUCCCAAUUCCGGGAUCUCUCAAGGCUGCUAGAAUCAAGGAUAACUCUGAUAUCAAGAAUAUUAGUUUACCAGUGUUCAACGAAAUCCAGAAUGUUUUGAAGGCUAACAAAGUCGCUGGAAUUCGUUACAAUGCUGCCAUGCAAGGCCAUUUAUUUGGGUAA